AUGGCGAGCCAAUCCUGCCACAUCAGCUCUGGCUGCAGGGUCAAGAACUUUAGCUCCCACUCUGCCAUUGUGCCCAAGCCUGGGGAUCACAGCUGUGUCAGUGCCAUGGCCCAUCAUGGGGGCAGUUCUGGGGCGAUAGGCUACUGGCACCUCGGAGGCUUUGGCAGUCAGAGCCUGUGUACAGUGGGGUCUCCUCAGAUUGCAGUGAGUUGUAGAUGGCCCCUACACAGCAGGGGCAGGUUUGGCUACUGGGCAGGGGGCCUUUGCAGGCCCAGCCCACCCCAUAUCACAUCUGUCACCAUCAACGAGAGCCUCCUCACGCCCCUCAAUCUAGAGAUCGACCCCAAUGCCCAGUGUGUGAAGCAUGAGGAGAAGGAGCAGAUCAAGUGUCUCAACAAGUUUGCUGCCUCCAUUGACAAGGUGCGCUUCCUGGAGCAGCAGAACAAACUGCUGGAGACCAAGCUGCAGUUCUACCAGAACUGCGAGUGCUGCGAGAGCAACCUGGAGCCCCUGUUCCAGGGCUACACUGCGACUCUGUGGCGGGAGGCUGAGUGCAUGGAGGCCGACAGCGGCAGGCUGGCCUCAGAGCUGAACUGCACGCAGGAGGCACUCGAGGGCUACAAGAAGAAGUAUGAAGAAGAGCUGGCCCUCAGAGCCACAGCUGAGAACGAGUUCAUGAUGCUGAAGAAGGUGAGUGACUGUUCUCACAUGGGAAUAAUUAAAUCCUGGACACCGGACGCUCUGAUGCUUAAGCCCCAGUGGGAGGAGGAAAUCCGCCUCCUUCAGUCACAACUCUCUGACACCUCCGUGGUGGUGAAGGUGGACAACAGCUGGGAGCUCAACAUGGACUUGGUUGUGGCCGAGAUCAAGGCUCAGUAUGAUGAUAUUGCCAGCUGCAGCCGGGCAGACGCCGAGACCUGGUACCAAACCAAGUGUGAGGAGGUGAAGGCCACAGUGACUCAACAGGGUGAGAACCUCCGCAGAACCAAGGAUGAGCUCAACGAGCUGAACUGCAUGAUCCAGAGGCUGAUGGCAGAGGUGGAGAACGCCAAGCAGCAGCACUGCAAGCUGGAGGCUGUGGUGGCCCAGUCUGAGCAGCAGGGUGAGGCAGCCCUCAGCAAUGCCUGCUGCAAGCUGGCUGAGCUGGAGGGAGCCCUGCAGAAGGCCAAGCAGGACAUGGCCUGCUUGCUCAAGCAGUACCAGGAGGUGAUGAACUCCAAGCUGGGCCUGGACGUGGAGACCGUCACUUAUCGCAGACUGCUGGAGGCCGAGGAGAUCCAGAUGUGUGAAGGCAUGGGCUCAGUCAAUAUCUGUGUGAGCCGUUCCCAGGGUGGUGUGGUCUGCGGGGAACUGGACUCCACUGCCUCCCGUGGCUCAGGGGGUGUGGCCAUCAGCAGUGGUGCACUGUGCUCCCCCUCUGCAGUGGGGGCCUGCUCCAGUGCUCGAUCUGUGCGGUUUACAUAG